GCUCACCACACCACCUCCACCUCCUCCUCCACCUCCUCCACCGACAACCAGAUGCAGUCUCACGUGGGCAACAGGUGCUCCCGAGUGCUGGUGGUGGUGCUGGUAACCCUGGCGGCGUGCUUCACACCUGCCCCCGCUCAGAUACAUUGGAACCGUGGCUGGGGCGCUGGCGGAUCCAUGGGCAAGCGCUUCCCAUCUUCUGUGGCGUCCAGCAGCCCAAGCGUCGCCGGUGGAAGGGGGGACUUAGGCACGGAGGAGGCCGGGUUUAUGACAGCCGUGGAUUGCUCAGCUGACCUCACCCACGCUUACAACCUCCUGCUGAAGAUCAUUGAGAGUGAGGCUACUAGAAUCGCCGCCUGUGAGCUUCGAAGUGAAACAGCCGCAGCCUCUUCAGUAGCAGGGGAGCAUGAGGACCACCCCGCGCGCGUCCUCCCCUGGUGGAAGGCCUCAACCACCGACCAGUAACCUCCCCACACCCCCAGCCCCCCCAUGUAGCCCCCUAUCCUCCCCCUCCAUCACCCCCUCCUCCUUUCACGCCGCGAUAGCCAUGUCCUUCUUCCUUCCUUCGUGAAAUGGGUCUUGUUCCCUCUCCCUCUCCUCCUCUCCCUUCUUCCUUCUCUUUUUCUCUUCCUUCUUCUUAUAAUUUGUUUUUUCCUCUCCCUUUCCUUCGUUAAAUGGGUCUCGUCUCCUCUCCUUCUCUCUCCCUCCUUCGUUCCUUUUUUUCUUUCUUUCUUCUUCUGAUUCUUUUCUCUUUUCCUUCUCCCUCCUUCUUUAAAUGUUCUCUCUUCUCUUCCUCUCUUCUUUCUCUUCUUUUCCUCCUCUCCAUUCCUUCUUUCAAUUAUCUUCCUUUCUUCCUUCCUCUUAUACUAAAAUCCUCCCUUCCUUCCUUUCCUUUCCUUUUCUUUCCUCCAUAUCUCGUCACCUCCAUCAACUUCUUUCCCUCUCUCCUCCUCCUCCUCCUCCUCCUCCUUACCUCUCUAUCACCAUCCAGAAUCAGAGUACCACCACCAUCAUCACCACCACCACCUCCCAAGGCAGUUGUGUACGAGGGAGCUUUUGUAUACACCUUUUUUUGUGUGUGUGUAUGUGUGUGUGUGUGUGUGUGUGUGGUUGGUGGUGGUGGUGUCUGUUGUCAAGGGACGCUCUCUUCCUCCUCCUCCUCCUCCUCCUCCAAAGAAGUUGUUGUAGACAGUGACGGUGAUGAAGGAGGAAGUUGGUUCGAAGUCUCUCUUUUGGGGGUUGGAUACAGAGAGAAGUUCAGAAGUGAGGUUAGAGGAAGUGAAGUGAAGUGAAGGUUGAGAUGAAGCGGGAGAAGCUGAAGUGAAGGAAGGAAAGUGAGGUGAGGGAAUAUGAGAUGAGGGAAGAUGAGUUCGGGAUUGAAGUGCAUUUUGAGACUGAAGAAGGAAAAAAGAUUAAGAAGAAGAGACAUUAGAGGAAGUGAAGUGAGUUGUUAGGUGAUAUGAGGUAAGGUGAGGAUUGAAGUGUAUUUAAAGAAGGAAAAAGAGCAAGAUGAAGUGAGAUAAGAGGAAGUGAAGUGAAGUUGUUAGGUGGAAUGAGGUAGGGUGAGAACUGAAGUGUGUUUUGAGGUUGGAUAAGGAAAUAAGAUGAGGUGAAGUUGGAUAAAAAUGAGUUGAAGUGAAGUGAGGUGAGGUAACACGGGGGAUGAAAUAAGGUGAACUGAGGUGAAGUGUUAGGAAGAGAUUGUUGAAAUGAGGUUUGUUUUUGUCACGUCCAAGCAAAUAUGUGCAAAUUAACCAGUGCACAUGAACCCCAAAAAUCUGAUUCAGCUGACGAACGAAAGAAAACGAGAGUGAGCGAAGACUUGAGAGAUUACACAAUGCUGACAGUAGGUGGCGAAUUAUUAGGUUGUUUUUCAUAUUACUUAAUGCUUAAAUUGUCUGUACCUAAAUGUUUGAUUGUCCUAACGAAUUAAAUAAUAGGCGAUUGAGCAAAGACUUAGAGAUUACACAAUGAUAACCGUAAAAGGCGAAUAGCUUCAGUAGUUUUCAUAUUACUUCAUGUUAUGCAAAUCUGCCUCGCCAUAUGAUCGAAAGAAUAGGAAAGAGUUGAUUAGAUGAAGCAAACGGAAAUUCGCUGUCAGUAUUUAGGUUUUGGUUAAGGAAAAUCACUGAAAAAAAAUGUUUGACUGCAUUGAAAGAAAAAUGAGGGUUCAGUUAUUAGUUACAGUAUUUAUAUUUUGUUUUGUUUACUUAUAAUUGAAAGAUGAAAUGAGGAAAUAUAAAUACGAAUGCUUAUGUGAGAGUUUGUUGAGUUUAAUCUGAUAAUGAAAGUUAAGUUCAAAUAAGUAUGGAGGAGUACUGGUCGCAAAAUUAUCACAGUCACUACUCAUUAAGAAGUGAAGGUGGCAAUUAGAGGUUAGAGGGGGGCAGGUGUGUGUGUGUUUGUAUGUGCGUGUUUCAACCCAAUAAGUGAAAGCUCAUUGACUCAACAGAAAUUCAAACGGCUUAACCCCUUCACUUUUCCUCCUUGUCAAACGAACUUACAUC